AUGGGCGAUCUCUCCCGCAUCCUUAGGCGGGAGUACGAGCCUGGCCCGGAUUGUGCCUGGAUCUGGCGAUUGGGGCUACACCCGAGGGUAGCGUUGUUCCUCUGGAAGGUGGUCUGGGACCGCCUUCCUACUAGGGCUGUACUUGGAGGUCGAGGUGUGAGGAUCCCAUUGGUGUGUGGGGUUUGUGGUGUGGCCGAGACGGUGGAUCAUGCUCUGUUUCGGUGCACAUGGGCUAGGGCCACUUGGCGUCUGGCAGGGGUCCCACAGGUCGUAUGGCGGGGUAGGGACCCGUUCUUACAGGCCAUGCGCCAGGGCUUGGAGUCCCCGCUGCUUCGCCAGGGGGCUGUUCGAGCGAGCUGCACUGCCUUCCAGAUCUGGUUGGCUAGGAAUGCUCGUACCUUCGACGAACGUCGUAUGUCGCCGCGAUUUGUGGUCGAGCGUGCCCGCGUUCAGGCGGCUGAGUUGGGUUACACCAUCCCUGUUGGAGGGACUUUGAUAGCUCGGGACACCUAG